UCAUGUUUUUGCCAUUAAUUUCAGACUGCAAAAAAGUAUCUAUGAGUUCAAAGUAAAUUUAUUAUCAAACUACAUAUACAGUACAUCACCAUAUAUAACCUUGAGAUUUAAUUUCUUGUGAACACUCAGUAAAUACAAGGAACAUAAUAAAAACAAUGAAAGAAAUGAGAAAAUCUGCCGAUGUUGGAAAUCCAAAGAACACACACAAAAUGCUGGGGAACUCAGCAGGCCAGACAGCAUCUAUUGAAAAGAGUACAGUUUCCAUUUCGGGCCAAGAUGGGAGAGAAAAAGCAGAGGAGUAGAUUUAAAAGGUAGGGGGAGGGGAGAGAGAACCACAAGGUGAUAAGUGAAACCCGAAAGGGGAGGGAUGAGGUAAAGAGCUGGGAAGUUUAUUGGUGAAGAAGAUACGGGACUAGAGAAGAGGGACUCUGAUAGAAGAGGAAAGAAGACCGUGGAAGAAAGAAAGGGGAGGAGCACUAGAGUGAGCCAAUGGGUGGGCAAGGAGAUAAGGUGAGAGGGAAAAGCAGAUGGGGAAUGGUGAAGUUGGGAGGGGGCCAUUACUGGAAGUUCACGAAAUUGACAUUCAUGCCAUCAGGUUGGCGGCUACCCAGAUGGAAUAUUAAGUGUUGUUCCUCCAACCUGAGUGUGGCCUCAUCUGACAGUGGAUCGAAAUAGGAAUGGGAAGUGAAAUUAAAAUGGGUGGCGCUACGAAUUUGGUUUCAAUUUCCAUUGAAUGAAGAGCCAAUGAAAUGGCAUCUACUGCAGAGCUGUUGUGAUGGUAGAUAAAUUGGAGGAGAUCCAAGUCAUUUCUCAGGAGGGAGUUGAUACAUUUCAUCACCAGUCUCUCAAAGCACUUCAUCACAGUGGAUGUAACUGCUACUGGACAAUAAUCAUUGAAGCAGCUAUAAUUCUUCGGCACUGGUUUAAUUGAAGCCUGGCUGAAACAGCUGUGAUCCUGGUUUGAGAUAACCCUAGCCAAGGGAAAGGUUAUCCCUCCGUCCAUACUUUCAUCACCUAAAAAGAACAUAUGUGAAGGAAAUGGAUUCUUCUUUUGCUAAUAUUGUUGCUGCCUUUGAAGAAUCUAAAGAAUCUACAAAAAUUGACAUUCCUCUAGGUGAAAAAAGAAAGUUCAUACAGCCAGCAUCACUGAAGAACCCUAAGCUGGAAGAAUUAAUGAUGUUUCUCAUUGAUUGGAUCAAUGCCACAUUGAAGCAAGAUCACAUUGUUGUUAAGUCGCUGGAGGAAGACCUGUAUGAUGGAUUAGUGCUGCACCAUCUAUUAGUGCAUUUGGGUAAAGUCAAACUGGAUGUAGAAGAAAUUGCAAUGUCUGAUGGUGCACAGAAACAGAAACUCAGUGCUGUGUUGGAUAAAAUCAAUCAGCUUCUCCAAGUUACAAAGGAUGACAGUCCGAACUGGAGUGUAGACUUGAUCCAUAACAAGGACCUGAUUGCCACUUUGCAUCUCUUGGUUGCCAUUGCAAAGCAUUUCAGACCUGAUAUUCACCUCCCAGAAAACGUGUGCGUGGAAGCAAUAAUUCUUGAGAUUGACAAAACAGGAAUAAAAACAACAAAAGACUUGGAAUAUAUCACAGAGAAAAGGGCAGAUAAUAAAGAACAAAGUCAAAUACAGGAAGCAGACAACAUUAACGACCUAUUUAAGCUCAAGCCUGACAAAAUAAAAGUAGUGCAACAGGCAUUGCUUCAUUUUGUCAACAAACACGUGGGGAGGCUUGGUGUGACUGUGAAUGAUCUUGGCUCACAGUUUUCCAAUGGAGUAAUCUUGAUUCUAUUAAUCGGACAGCUGGAAGGCUAUUUCAUUCAUCUAAGCAAAUACUAUUUAAGCCCCUCGGAUGACAAAGAAAAGCUUCACAACGUCUCUUUUGUGCUGGAGCUUCUUGAAGACAGAGGACUGUUAAAUUAUCCAAUCAAUCCUCAAGACAUUAUAAACUUGGACAUCAAAGCCACAAUGCGGAUCUUGCAAUGCUUGUUUGCUAAGUAUAAGGACAAGUGAAGACGGACUCAGGAUUUCAAGCAGAAUGAAAGGAAUCUUCAUUUGAGUUGAUUGAAGAUCAUCAGAAGAAGAGUGAAAGGAAAGAGACUUGUGUUAUAAAAUGCUAUAGACAUUUUUGUGGUGUAAAGUUUCAUGCAUCCUUUGCUUAAAAUAUUCAAACAAUUACCUAAUUAUCUCCCCACAACUGGUUGAAAUUAACUGUAGCACAAAUUUGCUUCAAUGUAUAAUUCAUAUAAAUUUUAUACAAACUGAGUUAAAUCUAUUUUAAAUAAAAUCUAAUGGCAAAUUACUGUUAAUGUGCAGAAGUUAAUCUAAGAUCAUUAAGAGCUGAAUAACAUUUCACAAAAGUAAAUAAUUCAGCCUUUGCUUAAUUUUUUCUCUCAUUGUCAGUGGGAUUUAACACACCUCUAUUUUCUCUGUUUCUGUUGCAAUGAGUUUAAUUGUAUUGUGACUUACUAAAAUAGCAUUUUUAAAGACUGUUCUGUCUAGCCGAGUACGUGAGGAAUUAUACUGGUGUAAGCUUGAUGCUUCUGUGAAUUUAUUCACUUAACUACAUCAUUCAUAUUAAAGAAAAUUAUUGGUCCCAGUGAGCAGCCUCCACAGCAUUUUCCUAGAGUAGAAUUGGGCUACUUAGACAGAAAUUUCUGAUUUGUGAUUUGAGUUUGGUUAGUUUAGCUGAAGCAUGAGUUGAAGCAAAUGAAUUAGGUAGAGAGGGAAAAGUCAGAGGGACCAUUCUAAUGAUCUUUACUGAACGGAGUGCAAUCACAAAUCAGCUAAGGAUAACGUGAAGCUCAGUUUAGUCUCUGAAUGGCAGAAUGAAAGGAUGAAGAGUGACCACAAGUAACUUCACUCUUGGUAUUUUAUCCCAGUAUAAAUGAUGGAGGAAGAAGGUGAGAAUGCUGCUUAUUAAUACUGCUUAAACUCAUGGGGUCCACAUCCCAAUGGUCUGCUCCUCAUUGCGACAGGGAUUUGGAGGAAUGGUAAUGAAAUGUCCUGACAGACUCAGAAUGAGCUUUGCUAGCUGUAGAAGUUGUCAGGGAUCUUUUAAUGGUUUAUAAAUAUCUGACAGUCAGAAACAUUUAGUGACAUUGAAGCAUACAGUUAAAGACACUUGAACCUCAAACAGAUGGCUAAAACAAAGUGAUUAAAAUGAUUUAUCCCUCCCCCCCCUUGCUUGUUAACCCUUUGCCUAUAAUCCCUUUGCUACAGGAAGGAUAUCCAGGUCAGACUGGUGUAGGAUUUAAGCUUCAUCACGUUCUUGUAGGAUACAUUGAACAUAAUUUCCCCCACUGGACUGCAGGGAAGAGUGAAUCGAAAAAAUUAACCUUGUGUGUUUGUUUAGACACAAGUACUGUAGAAAUAGUAGCAUUAUUCCAUGGUGGCCCAUAAUUUCAGUUACAACAACUGAUUGCAGGCUGUUCCAAUCAUAAAUAGCAGUUAAGUAAUCUAGCUCAGGUUUAAACAAAAGUUCAUGAGAGGAAAUGAGUGUUGUAAAAAACCAUUGUACCUCUCAAGCAUAAUAUGUCAAAACUGUAAAAAUAAUGAACUGAAAUCAUCAUGCGGAUCGGUAGGAUCCGGGCUAGAACAUAUAGAUCAAUAUUACCUCAGAGACUAUUUAGUUAUUAUUGUGAGAGCAUUGAGUUCAUGUCUGGUUUCUAGGGGAGAGGACUUGAGCUAUUUCUUAACUUGCGUAAGAUGAAAACCUUCCUCAUGAAUGCUAAUUAACUGAACAUCACUGACAAAAUUUGCAUUGGGAUAUGGAGAAAAGCUUCAUCUUAGACAAUAGACAAUAGGUGCAGAAGUAGACCAUUCGGCCCCUCGAGUAAGGCUACUUCUAUACUUGUUUCAUACAAUAGCUUCAAUAUUUUAAAACACGGAGCAGUAAGAAAGCUGCUCUGGAGCUUAUCAUUUGGAGUGUCUAUCAAAAGCAAGGAUAGUAAGUGCUAAUGAGACUUUACCUAGCCAAAAUUAGUGAGUGUAAAAGAUUAAACAAGUGAAUAUAAAGAGCUUAGAAAGGAAUGCAGACCUUUUCACCAUUAAUGAAGAGCAGUUGAUGGAUAUGGGUAGGAUUUAUCUGUGGAAAUCACAAUUUGCUCAGAACAUGGAGAAACUGGGGAUAAACUGGAAUUAUUUUGGGGGUGGGGGAGAAAUUCAAGCUGUAUCAAAAUGAAUCUGUUGAGACUUGAAGUCCAAUAGCUUCUAAAUAUGUUUAAGAAAUCAGUAAACCCGUGCAGGUUCUUGAAAAUUGGAAGUAAGACAGGAAGCAUGCAGGAAUUUCUGGAAAGAUACUAGCAUGGAUAAAGCAGUAGUUAUUUGGCAGGAGGCAAAAGAAUGAGAAUAAAGGGAUCCUUUUCUGGUUGGCUGCUGGUGACUAAUGGUGUUCUACAGAGGUCUGUGUGGGACCGAUUCAGUUUACGCUAUGUGUCAAUGAUUUGGAUUAUGGAAUUGAUGGCUUUAUUGCAAAAUUUGCAGACAUUUCUGAGAUAGGUGAAUGGCAGGCAGUUUUGAGGAAACAGGGAGGCUUAGACACAUUAGGAGAAUGGACAAAGAAAUGGUAGAUGGAAUAGAGUGUUUAGAAGUGUGUGAUCACGCACUUUAGUAGAAGAAGUGCAAGGCUUGACAAUUUUCUAACUGGAGAGAAAAUGCAAAAAUCUGAGGCUUAAAGGUACUUGGGGAUCUUUGUGAAAGAUACCCUAAUGGUUAAUUUGCAGGUUCAGUCUGUAGUGAGGAAUGCAAAUAUGAUGUUCACAUUCAUUUCAAGAGGACUAGAAUAUAAAAGCAAGGAUGUAAUGUUGAGUUUUAUAAAGCACUGGUGAGGCCUCACUUGAAGUUUUGUGAGCAGUUUUGGGCCCCUCAUCUUAGAAAGAAUUUGCUGAAAUUGGAGAAGGUUCAAAGGAGGUUCACAAAAAUGAUUCCGGGAUUAAAUGGAUUGUCAUGGCAAUGACAAUUUGAUGGCACUGGGCCUGUAUUCACUGGAAUUCAGAAGAAUGAGGGGUGAUCUCAUUGAACCCUAUUGAGUGGUGAAAGGCCUAGAGAGAAUAGAUGUGGAGAGGAUGUUUCCUGUGGUGGGAGAUUCUAAGACCAGAGGACACAGUCUCAGAAUAGAGGGGCAUCUUUUUAAAAUGGAGAUGAGGAAGAAUUUCUUUAGUUAGUGGUGAAUCUGUGGAAUUCUUUGCCACAAGCAGCUGUGGAGGGCAAGUUUUUAUGUUGGUUCUGAGAGGAAAAAUGGAUUAGCCAUGAUGAAAUGGCAGAGCAGAUUCAGUGGGUCAAAUGGCCUAAUUCUGCUUCUAUAUCUUAUGGUUUUAUCUCAUGGAAGCAAGUAGCUAGUCAGGCAGCAUGGUUGUGAGACAUUUCAGAACAGCUAUAUUUUACAAUUUGCAAUGAUCUUGCUUUACUCCAUUGUGUGAUUGUCAAUUUCGACCAUUGCCAGUUGCUUUAAUAUAAUGUAAUCUGAACUGAUUUAAUACUUAUUAAAUUAAGAGGUAUGAACUUGCUAUCGAAACAUAAUCAAACUUAGUCAGGUUGGUUUUGUACAUAAUUGACGUUCCGGAACAACCUUUUCCCACUGAAGUGUCACAUGGUCUGAUGCCAUGAAUUUGAUAUCUGAUGGCGGAAUUUAGCAGUUUCUCUCUGAUUUUUAUAUUAAAUUAGUUCCCUUGUGAUUAGUGUUUAUAUAACUUGGGAAGUGACACACUUUAUCCAUUGAUCUUGAGAAUCUUGUUCUAUUGUAAAGAAUAGCAAAUGGGCAUUUGUAUUUGAAGUGCACAAUGCUGAAUGUGUACACUGAUAGAAAAUGGAAAACUUAAUGGAUUGAUCUCCAUGUGCCAUUUAGUGUUUUGGUGGUGUUCCAUCUGAUAGUAAGAAAUGGCUGAGCCAAAACUUCCUGUAGCUAAUAGUGCCACAGCCACGGAUUCAGCAGCACAGUAGAUACGGCAAUUGUGCUUGUGAAUUUGUACGUGUCAGCUAACUAUUAUUUAAUCAUGAUAGUAUUUAACUCCAUACUUGUCGAGACUUGGACAGAGCAUAGCAACGCUUCGCUGCUGUUUUGCAUUCGGCUUUCCCUGAGAUAAUGGACUUCAAGUCAACUGACUAGCGAUAUUUGUCUAAUGUUUAGAUGUUCUUUUCAGCCGCAGUAUAGGUUUUGUUUCCCUUUUGAGAGUUUAACGGCCCUGUUUGGUCCAGCGUUUAUUGUAUUA